AUGAAGCAAGAUGUUGUUGCCUUCCAUGAGCGCGACAAGGCUUCGGGCUUUCCACCUCGAGAACUCGGCGUCACCUUCCAGAAUCUUACAGUGGAGGGUGUCCGUGCCGAUGCAGCCAUCCACGAAAACGUCGUCUCUCAGUUCAACAUCCCCAAGUUGAUCAAAGAAUCUCGACAGAAGCCGCCUAUGAGAAAGAUCCUCGACAAUGUCCAUGGAUGCGUCAAGCCAGGCGAGAUGCUCCUCGUCCUCGGCCGUCCAGGAAGUGGAUGCACAACGCUUCUCAACAUGCUGGCUAAUAAACGGACUGGUUAUGCCAAGGUCUCGGGCGAUGUUUCGUUCGGAUCGAUGAAGGCAGAGGAGGCAAAGCGAUACCGGGGCCAGAUCAUCAUGAACACAGAGGAAGAAAUCUUCUUUCCGUCUCUCACUGUGGGCCAGACCAUGGACUUUGCGACAAGACUAAAAGUCCCUUACACAUUGCCCAACGGCAUCACGAGCCAAGAAGAAAUCCGUCAAGAGUCCCGCAACUUUCUGCUCAAGUCUAUGGGCAUCGAGCACACAGAAGACACCAAGGUCGGCAACGCAUUCGUCAGGGGUGUCUCCGGUGGAGAGAGAAAGCGAGUAUCCAUCAUUGAGUGCCUCGCAACUCGAGGCAGUAUCUUCUGUUGGGAUAACUCGACUCGUGGUCUGGAUGCUAGCACUGCUCUGGAAUGGGCCAAGGCGGUUCGAGCCAUGACAGAUGUCCUCGGCUUAGCCUCGAUAGUCACUUUAUACCAGGCUGGCAACGGCAUCUACAACCUCUUCGACAAGGUCCUCGUUCUCGACGAGGGCAAAGAAAUCUACUACGGCCCCAUGCGCGAGGCUCGCCCGUUCAUGGAGAACUUGGGUUUCAUCUGCGGCGACGGCGCGAACGUGGCUGACUUCCUCACUGGUGUUACCGUACCCACCGAGAGAAAGGUCCGAGACGAGAUGAAGUUCAAGUUUCCUCGGACGGCUGCCGCCAUCCGCGAGGAGUACGAAAAGACACCAAUCUUUGAACAAGCAAAAGCCGAAUACAACUAUCCGACCACAACAGAGGCUCAGACCAAGACCAAACAGUUUCAAGAGGGAGUGGCCCAGGAAAAAUACAAAGGACUGCCGGCCUCGAGCUCAUUUACCGUCAGCUUCGGCGUCCAGGUACAGACUUGCAUCAAGCGACAAUACCAGAUCAUCUGGGGUGACAAGGCCACCUUCUUCAUCAAGCAGUUUUCGACCAUUGUGCAGGCCCUCAUCGCUGGUUCGCUCUUCUACAAUGCCCCCGACACUACUGCUGGGCUGUUUGUCAAGUCUGGAGCCUGCUUCUUCGCUUUGCUCUUCAACGCCUUGCUCUCCAUGUCGGAGGUUACCGAGUCCUUUAUGGGACGACCUGUUCUGGUCAAGCACAAGUCGUUUGCCUUUUUCCAUCCUGCCGCCUUUUGCAUUGCCCAGAUUACGGCUGAUAUCCCCGUCAUCUUGGUUCAGGUCUCAGGCUUCUCUCUAAUCCUCUACUUCAUGGUUGGUUUGACAGCGACUGCAGGCCACUUCUUUACCUUUUGGGUUGUCGUUGUGUCCACCACAUUCUGUAUGACGGCCAUGUUCAGAGCCAUAGGCGCCGCGUUCAGAACCUUUGAUGGCGCUUCCAAGGUCUCAGGUCUGAUCAUUGCUGCUACUGUCAUGUACAAUGGUUACAUGAUUCAAAAGCCGCGCAUGCAUCCGUGGUUCGUCUGGCUUUUCUGGAUUGACCCGAUGGCGUACGGUUUUGAUGCCAUUCUCUCCAAUGAGUUCCACGGCAAGAGGAUUCCUUGCGUCGGCACCAACCUUGUCCCCAAUGGUCCGGGCUUCAACGAUCCUGGUGCUCAGGCUUGCGCUGGCGUGGGCGGUGCCGUUCCGGGGCAGACUUACGUCGACGGUGAUCUGUAUCUCGAAUCGCUUUCUUACAGCCACUCUCAUGUUUGGCGAAACUUUGGCAUCAUCUGGGCGUGGUGGGCUCUAUUUGUGGCCAUCACUGUUAUCUUCACGACCAGGUGGAAGAACUCAUCGGAAAAUGGACCCAGUCUGGUCAUUCCCCGAGAGCUAUCCAAACUCGUCCCUGCUCUACGCCAGGCGGACGAGGAAGGCCAAGUCUCAGAAAAGGAUGAUGCCAACGUCGGCAACCAGUCUGACGGCGUCUCUACCGACGACACCGCAGUGGCAGUCCAGGGCAACCUCAUUCGGAACUCCUCGGUCUUCACUUGGAAGAACCUGUGCUAUACAGUCAAGACCCCGUCUGGUGAUCGUCUUCUUUUGGACAACGUUCAAGGAUGGGUAAAACCUGGAAACCUGACGGCUUUGAUGGGAUCAUCUGGCGCUGGAAAGACGACUCUCCUUGAUGUGCUCGCCCAGCGAAAGACUGAAGGCACCAUUCGCGGCUCCAUCCUUGUUGACGGUCGACCGCUACCGGUCUCUUUCCAGCGAUCUGCGGGUUACUGCGAGCAGCUUGAUGUGCAUGAGUCCUAUGCUACGGUGCGAGAGGCACUCGAGUUCUCGGCUCUGCUCCGACAAAGCCGCGACACGCCGCGUGAGGAGAAGCUGGCUUAUGUCAACACGAUUAUCGACCUCCUGGAACUUCACGACAUUGCAGACACACUGAUUGGUGAAGUUGGUGCCGGCUUGAGCGUCGAGCAGCGCAAACGUGUCACGAUUGGCGUCGAGCUCGUCUCCAAGCCUAGCAUUCUGAUCUUCCUCGAUGAGCCCACUUCCGGUUUAGAUGGCCAGUCUGCCUAUCACACCGUCCGUUUCUUGCGAAAGCUGGCCGCCGUUGGCCAGGCUGUCCUGGUAACGAUUCACCAGCCUUCCGCCCAACUGUUUGCCCAAUUCGAUACCCUUUUGUUGCUCGCCAAGGGCGGCAAGACUGUUUACUUUGGCGAAAUCGGUGAUCAAGCCAGCGUCGUCAAGGACUACUUUGCUCGCUACGAUGCCCCAUGCCCCUCUGGGGUCAACCCUGCUGAGCACAUGAUCGACGUCGUCUCUGGACAGCUUUCUCAAGGCAAGGACUGGAAUGAGGUUUGGCUGUCAUCGCCCGAAUAUGCCAACAUGACCAAGGAGCUUGACCAAAUCAUCAGCGAGGCUGCGUCCAAGCCUCCUGGCACGGUGGACGAUGGCCACGAGUUCGCCACGUCGCUUUGGGAGCAGACCAAGCUUGUAACUCACCGCAUGAACGUCAGCUUGUUCCGCAACGCCGACUACGUCAACAACAAGUUUGCGCUGCACAUCUUCUCGGCUCUCUUCAACGGCUUCAGCUUCUGGAUGAUCAAGGACUCUGUCGGCGAUCUGCAGCUGAAGCUCUUCACCAUCUUCAACUUCAUCUUUGUUGCACCCGGUGUCCUUGCCCAGCUGCAGCCCCUCUUCAUCCACCGCCGUGACAUAUUCGAGACGCGCGAGAAGAAGUCCAAGAUGUACUCAUGGGUGGCCUUUGUGACGGCACUCAUUGUCUCGGAGAUUCCGUACCUCAUCAUCUGCGCCGUUCUCUACUUUGUGUGCUGGUACUACACCGUCGGCUUCUCUGGCGACUCCCACCGGGCCGGAGCGACCUUCUUCGUCAUGCUCAUGUAUGAGUUCCUCUACACCGGUAUGGGCCAGUUCAUUGCCGCGUACGCGCCGAACGAGGUCUUUGCCGUGUUGGCAAACCCUCUCGUGCUUGGAACCCUCAUCUCUUUCUGCGGUGUGUUGGUUCCUUAUGCGCAGAUUCAAGCAUUCUGGCGAUACUGGAUCUACUGGCUGAACCCCUUCAACUAUCUCAUGGGCAGCAUGUUGGUCUUUGACAUCUGGGGCCACGACAUCAAGUGCUCUCCGCAUGAGUUUGCCACCUUCAAUCCUCCCAAUGGCACGACCUGCGGUCAUUAUCUGGAGAGCUACCUUGCGGCAGGACCUGGCGCUGUGGCCAAUCUGAUCAACCCCGAUGCCACGUCCAACUGCCAAGUCUGCUCCUACAGCAAGGGCGAGGACUAUCUUCGCACUCUGAAUUUGAAGGAGUAUUACUAUGGCUGGCGGGAUGCUGGUAUUGUUGUGCUGAUGGUGUUGAGCUCGUACUCUCUGGUGUACCUGUUGAUGAAGCUCCGUACCAAGAUGUCAAAGAAGGCCGAGUAA